CGCUUCAGAAACGCAAGGGAGGAAACAAAAUGACAACGGCAGAUCUGGGCGCUGGUUCGAACAGCGCCACGCAACCGCACCCUCCCCCACCUGCUCCCCGUCGUCCCGCCCUUUGGCACCCCCUCAAAUAAGGCUUUUCCUCGCGAUUUCCUGCGCAAACGAUGUCCACGGACGUGGAAAUGCUGCCUGACGUUGAUAAUUCGCCUCCCAGUCCACAAGAAGAAGUUAUGGAUGACGACAGCGCAUCGAACUCGCCUUCACAACCCUCAAGCGAAGAUGAGGAACCGGGUGCAAACGAGGACGAAGACGACGAAGACGACGAGGACGAGGACGGUGACGACUCUUCUGCUAGCGAACAGGGCGACGGCGACGGUGAGGGCGACGGCGACGAGGGCGAGCCGGAGCUCGAGCCUGAGAACGCGGAGGAAUCCAUCGCUGUGGAAGAGCCCGCCACCGCCGCGCCCGAUAUCGACGCCUCCGCUUCCGCUUCCUCUGCUCCAAAUAAACCUCUUACAGUACGCAAGAAACGCAAGCCGCGUUCACCGUCGCCGGUAGCGGCGCCGCCACCCCCUCCGCCAUUGCCUACUAUCCGCCUGUCAAUCAAAUUGGGAGGGCCUUCGAAGUACGAAGUCGACGUAGUGUCGCUUGCGAAGUCCACCGGUCAAUUGCCAAAGGACGAAUCGACUGUACCUACCAUAGUUAAUGACGUCGACGACGAGGCCGAGGACGAAGGUGCGAAGGCCAAAGAUGCGGGCGUCAAAAGUGAAGCCGAAGGAGUCAAGAGUGAAGGCGAGGGUAAACGAAGGCGGCGGCGGAAACCCAACAACGCGCAUUACGACCUGAACGACCCCUUCAUCGACGAUUCGGACCUGGCCAUCGACGAGCGCUCGUUCAUCGCUCAGACGAAGAUGCAAGGCUUCUACGUCUCCGCCGGCGAAGUCGCACUCCUCAAGGAAAAGACGCCGAAGAAGCCACACUCUCGCAAACCUCUCCUGCUGCCACUACCGCCGCCCAGUCAACCCAUGCUUGGUGAGAGCUCCAGCGCGAGUGCGGCGGGUCCGAGCAGGAUGAGCCCCAACGAUGUAAGCUAUAGCAUGGAUGGGACAAGAGAUUCGCCGAUCGCCGUUCCCUCUGAUGGUGAAGACGACAAGCAUGGGCUGAAGCGCAAGGCGAGUGAUAGCGUCCAGCCAGUCAGCUGGGGCCCCAGCGAUGCCAAAUCCGGAAAAAAGAGAAAGGGCAACGUCGAUAUUCGUCCAUUCCACCCCGAGUUGCAAGUGAUGAUCGAUAGGUUGAAGGUCCUCAUCGCGAUGGAGAACUGGGAGAAAAAAGGCAAGUUCCCACAGAGCCUCAAACCCCAUCUUGCAGCCCUCGCUAUCAAAGCCAUACGUCUGAACGAAUACGACGACAACUUCUUCAACCUCAUGCCGACCAUAUUCCCCUACAACCGAUUCACCAUGGCCAAACUCAUCAAGCGUACGGUCAUGCACGAUCACAUUCGGAUACUAGUGGACCGUCAAGAGGUACUCUUGGCAGAGCUGAGGCAGAUGGCUGUCGAAGGUUUCCCGAAGGCGCAAGAGGAGCAUGAGCGGGCCGUUGCGAACUGGGAGAGGAAGCAACAACAGAAACACGAAGCCAGUCACGAUAGUGUCCCGGCUUCAGCAGAAGGCACGCCGGUGCCGACGCCCUCCCAAGGUCCCGGCCAGAACCCUGACGAAAGCAUGAAAGACGAGAAGUCGCACCCGCCGCCGCAGAAGUAUAAGUUAACGGAGGCGAUGAAGAACACGAUCUGGGCGCUGGUUUGCAUCAGCAACGAGUGUUGUCGGAUCGAGAACGAGAAGAAUCAACUGGAGGGGGUUGUGACCAUGGUCAGCGAUCAAGGUCUGAGGAAGGCCUUAUACCAGAAGAUCGUUGCUGCAUUCCCGGAGGGAUGGAUGACCUCUGGCCAGAUCUCACGAGAAAUGAGCAUUCUCAAGAAGAAAUACGAGAAAGAGGACAAGAUGGACCAGGAUGAUUAGACCUUCGGACAGGCUUCAUCUCCUAUGUGUAGAAUGACGGGUUCGGUUCUUCGCCUAUUGUGUGCUCUUCUUACCCAGUACUAUCUGUAUUGCCCACCUAGCUACUAUACCUUAUUGCCU